AACGAGUCCACGCCCCGCGCACAGCUUCUGCUCCGGCGGGACCCAGGCUGGACCGCGGGCCCCGGCCUGGGGGCCACAGCUGCCACCGCCGCCACCUCGUCUCCUCCCCGUCCCCGCCCCGCCCCGCGUCUCCUCGCCUCACUCGGGCCCGCGGCCGGGGUCCGUCCCCGCCGCCCCACCCCGCGCGGAUGCCGAAGGUGAAGGCGCUGCAAUGCGCUCUGGCGCUGGAGAUCCGCUCCGUAACUUGUCCAGGAGUGGUGCUGAAAGACAAGGAGGACAUCUAUCUUAGCAUCUGUGUGUUUGGCCAAUACAAAAAGACACAAUGUGUCCCAGCCAAUUUUCCACUGGUCUUCAAUGCCAGAAUGGUGUUUGAAAAGGUGUUCCCUGAAGCAGUAGACCCUGGAGAUGUGGUUGCACAACUUGAAUAUGAUACUGCAUUGUUUGAGUUGAUUCAACUAGUUCCACCAGUGGGUGAAACACUGUCUACAUAUGAUGAAAAUACACGAGAUUUCAUGUUCCCGGGUCCAAACCAAAUUUCUGGACACCAUGAUUCAAACCGCCAGGUUACCAUGAGGAGGAUUUCUGGCCUUCGAGGAAUUGCUCCAAAGCUGGAAUUUUCUACGACCUCAGUGAUAACUGAAUGUCUGAUAAGCUCGAGGAAGUGCCGCACUCAGGAUAAAUUUAUUUACCAUACGGCUCCAGUUGAAAAAUCACACGGCAGACUGCAAAGCAGAACAUCAAGAUCACAGAAGAAAAAAUCCAAGUCACCUGAGAGAAAUAAAUAUUGCAUGAAUGCAAAAAACUACGAACAGCCUACAAUUUCUUCAAAAUCACACUCUCCAUCUCCCUACACAAAAAGACGCAUGUGUGAGCUAUCUGAAGACACCAGGCGGCGGCUGGCCCAUUUAAAUCUGGGACCCUAUGAAUUCAAAAAAGAAACAGAUAAACCUCCAUUUGUGAUUAGACAUGUUGACCCUCCAAGUCCCAGGGCUGAUGCUUUAUUUGGUUCUUCCGGCAGAGACUGUGAAAGAGAUGGAUGGUCCAGGAUGCACAAUGAUCAUUCUCAUCUUGGUUGCUACCGACCCAAGGAUUAUAAGGUUAUCAGGACACCCCAUGGGAGAGACUACGAUGACUCCUUGGAAAGGUGUGAUGAGUAUUUAAGCUCAAGGUCAUGUAGCAAGCCCCAGAAUUCAGCAAGGACCCUACUAGUCCAUUCAGCACCCUCAACAAUGCCGAAGCAUUCUCCAAGUCCUGUGCUUAAUCGAGCUUCUCUCAGGGAAAGAUUCCAUUCUGAUUGGUGUUCACCUUCAAACUGCGAUGAGAUCCAUGACCGGGUAAAAAAUGUCUUGAAAUCACAUCAGGCUCAUCAAAGACAUUUAUAUGAUGAGAGAGACCCAGAGAAAGAAGAUGAACUGGAGCUGAAAAGAGGUCUUUUAUACAGAGACUCUGCCUAUGACAGUGACCCAGAGUAUAGCUCAUUUCAGCGGCCACACGACACUCUCCAUUUGGAUGACGGUGAAUACUGGUCCAACAGGGCAGCAUCUUAUAAAGGAAAAUCCCACCGACCCCUCUUUGAGAACAGCAUGGACAAGAUAUACAGGAACUUAUACAAAAAGGCCUGUAGUUCUGUUUCUCACACCCAGGAAAGCUUCUGAGACCAUCCAUGGUAAACUAUAUGGGUGUCUGUGUCAACUUCUCAAUGAAAACGUUUGAUGUGAUCAA